AGAUAAAAAAGAGAUCAUGUAUGCCAGGGCUGUGUGGGUGGAGCAUGGCAAGGAAGUGGAGGGAACUGCCCCAGACAACUGGAUUGAUGUUGACAACAAAACCAUUAGAUGGCCAAAAAAAGGGGAAAAGGCAGCUUUCCUCAAUAAACACCCCCCUCAGGAUGACUGGAUGACAUUCACCUUGGUGAAACGUAAAAUGACUUCCGUAAACAUUUGUGAAUGCGAUGAUUACGACAUGACAAGCUAUGUCGAGGAGGAAGAGCAGGAAAAUGAGGAAGUAAGAGGAAGGAGGAAAAAGACCCAACGCAAGUUUGAGGACUAUGUUCUUGAAUCUGACGAGUUGGAGGCAGAAGAAAACGUGACUGAUGCAAUUGUCAAGGCGCCCUCCUUUCCCAUUCCACCAACAAAGGUGACUAAGUCCAUCCAGAUUGAGUCUGCUGGAUUUAACAAAACGUUCACUGACAUUGGACGUUCAAAUUCAGCCAGGUCUCACCAAGUGCAGGGUGCUGGGUCCAGGGACAGGUCCACAGGCAACUCUGGACAUUCAAAUGUAAACCAAGCCAGCCAGUCGAGGGGUGUUGAGCCCAGUCACCAGUCCAGCCACAGCGACGGGUCCCAGCACAGCAACCCAUACCGACACAGUGACGGGUCCAGGCACAGCGACCGGUACCGACACAGAAAGCGGUCCAGGCACAGCGACGGGUCCAGGCACAGCGACCGGUACUGACACAGGAAGCGGUCCAGACACAGUGACGGGUCCAGGCACAGCAACGGGUCUCAGCAAAGCAAACUGUACCAACACAGAAAGCGGGCCAGGCACAGCGACCAGAUGGGACACGACAAGCAGUCCAGGCACAGAGAUUUGUCUAAAAACGGUAUUCCUCCGAAUGCAAUUCACAGUGGCAAGAGUGUAAAUGUUCUAAAGUAACGGCCAUGUUAUAGUGCAUAUUUUGAACAACUGGUUUUGUAUUUAGCAUUCUGAGCUUCAUGACUGACCACUCAAUUUAUUCUAUAUAAAGUAUCAUCAUGGCCAAGAGUACAUAGAUCCCUUUGCGCCGACUUCUGAACUUAAUUAAUCA